AAACCAGUAACAAGCCAUACUGGAAACAACGAAUCCAUCUUCACACUCUACAACCACUCCGACCGGAACCGCAACGCACCAAAACCACCACCAUGCAACUCCAACCCACUCUCCUCACCCUCCUCAUCCUCACCCUCACCCCCCACACAACCGCCAAAGCCCUCCCCUACCCCAAUCCACACCCCCUCCCUCUCCCCCAAACCCUAAUCAACAACGCCCCCUUCUCCGGCGCAAUCUACAUCGUCGACCCCUCCGGCCAACCCAUCACCACAACCACCACCCCAAACACAAACAACCCCCUCACAAACCCGCCCGCAAACACCAACAUCUGCCCCGCCACCGCCCCCCAGCCAUGCUCAAACCUCCUCUCCUGGUGCUGUCCAACAGGCUACACAUGCGUCGCCCCAGCCUCCGCCGCAGGGCUAGUGGGCUGCUGUCCCGACGGCGCAACAUGCACGGGCACGCUGGACGUGGCGCUCGUGACGACGGUGACGGUGCAGGUUGCUGUUGCGCAGGCGCCGCGCACGACGGUCGCGGGCGUGUAUGAUGGCGUUGGGGGUGUGGUUGUGCAGGGAGGGUAUUGUAGUACUUUGACGGUUAGGCAGAGGGAGAAAUGAGUCAAGGCACAGGAGAAGGCAGGACGAGGAAAGGAGAGGGAUAUACAAGGCCCAUGAAGUCAUGAAGAGCAUCCAUCAACAAAAAGUCAAGACAGAGCUGGCUACACAUUCACACAUUUACACAUCCACAUAUCCACACAUUUACACAUC